GAUCGGUUUGUAGGGCUGAGCCCGGCUCACAUCCAGGAGCUAUCAUGCAGUAUAUGUCUGAACAUAUUCCGGGAUCCAGUGGUCACCCCGUGCUGUCAUCAAACCUUUUGCAGGGAUUGUCUCAUUGAAUGGCUGAAAGGAAAUACUGUCUGUCCUUACGAUAGGAAAACCCUUAAUGCGAAUGAACUGUAUAAACCUCGUAGGGUAUUUGAAGACAAACUAAGCAAACUUGAAAUUAAAUGUCAGUUCAGUAAUAAUGGGUGUCCAUCAGUGGUACCCUUGGAUCAGUUGCCACAACAUGUGAACUCCUGUCCAUACGGUGCCCCCAUAUGUGAGUCAGGCUAUGAAAGCGAUCGGUUUGUAGGGCUAAGUGCCGCCGCUAUACAGGAGCUGUCGUGUAGUAUAUGUCUCAACAUAUUUCGGGAUCCCGUGGUCUCCCAGUGCUGUCGACAGACCUUUUGCAGGGAUUGUAUCACUGAUUGGCUCAAAGGAAAUACGGUUUGUCCUUAUGAUCGGAAAACCCUAACUGUGAAUGAACUACAUAAGCCAUCUAGGGUAUUUGAAGCCAUGUUUGGCAAACUUGAGAUUAAAUGUGAGUUCAGUGAUAAAGGGUGUCAAUCGGUGGUACCAUUGGAUCAGUUGUCACAACACGUGGACUCGUGUCCAUACCAUACAUCCAAAGUACUGGCGUUACUCGCACUCAACCGGACGGCUAAUAACGAGAUUAAAACAGUGAAUCAGAAACUCGAGUUUUAUAUGCCCAGGGUCUCAUAUGCUGUCAAUAUACCACAACCUAGAACAAGUGGCCCGGUAUCAAUUGAAUCAAUACUAACGACUGCCAGAAGUGAGAGGUUUAAUGCAGUGAUCGUUGGCUGCGAUAUGAAGGAUGACUUUCGACACAAAGUACUCGUUAUAGUGGCCGAGGAGUUGAUGAAUGACAUCCAAUUGGGAAAGGUAUGCAAAAAUAUUGUCCACAAAUUGGACCAAAAAUUUGGUGUCUAUUGGAACUGUAUCUGUGAUUACAAAGAGGGAGUAGCCAGGAGUGAGAGGUUUAAUGUAGUGAUCGUUGGGUGCGAUAUAAAGGAUGACUUCCGACACAAAGUACUCGUUAUAGUGGCCGAGGAGUUGAUGAAUGACAUCCAAUUGGGAAAGACAUCAUUUGAAUCGGUUUUAUCGGUGGCCCGAAGGGAGAGAUUCAAUGGUGUAGUGAUUGGCAGCGAUAUGAAGGACGAUAUGGUUGUGAAUGUCAUGACUAUAAUCAGCCGGGAAUUGAUGGCUGAAAAUAGUUUUCCUGAUAUUUGCAAAAAUAUUUGCCACAAAUUGGAUCAAAAGUUUGGCAAAUACUGGAACUGUAUGUCUAAUUACCGGGAGUGUUGCACGGAUCGGUUUGUAAGGCUGAGUCCGACUGACAUACAGGAGCUAUCGUGUAGUAUAUGUCUCAACAUAUUCCGGGAUCCAGUGGUCGCCCAGUGCUGUCGGCAGACCUUUUGCAGGGAUUGUAUCACUGAUUGGUUCCAAGAAAAUACUGCCUGUCCUUAUGAUAGGAAGACCUUAACUAUGAGUGAACUAUAUAAGCCACCAAGGGUAUUUGAAGCCAUAUUGGGUAAACUUAAGAUUAAAUGUCAAUUCAGUGACAAUGGGUGUCCAUCGGUGGUACCAUUGGAUCAGUUGUCACAACACGUGGACUCGUGUCCAUACGAUGCCUCCAAAUGCGUUACUCGCACUCAACCGGACGGCUAA